AUGGAGCACAGCCACAUCUUCCCUGUUUUUUCCCCAAAUGGAAGCACCUGGAGCCCAGGGCAGCAUCCUUCUGAGGUUACCCAGGGAUGCCCCCUCGGACCACUGCCUGUCAUCUACUACAGUGUCCUGCUCUGUCUUGGCCUGCCAGCCAACAUCCUGACAGUGGUUAUCCUGUCCCAGCUGGUGCUGCGUCGUCAGAAGUCCUCCUACAACUAUCUCCUGGCUUUGGCAGCUGCUGACAUCUUAGUCCUGUUCCUCAUUGUUUUUGUUGACUUCAUAUUAGAGGAUUUUAUUUUGGCCACACCACUGCCCCCCUCCUUAAACAGUGCCGUGCAGGUCCUGGAGUUCUCAUCCAUCCACACUUCCAUCUGGAUCACCGUGCCUCUAACCAUCGACCGUUACAUCGCCGUUUGCCACCCACUACGUUACCAUACGGUCUCCUACCCGGCCCGUACACGACGAGUGAUAUUUGCGGUGUACAUCGGGUGUUUGCUCUCUGCUGCACCUUACUACUGGUGGCCUGAGCUGUGGCACAGCCUUCCUGGGGUGGGCAGUGGUGGUGGAGGGGAAGGAAGCAGGAGAACCGUGGCCCAGCAUGUCCUGGUGUGGGCCCACUGUGCCACCGUCUACCUCCUCCCUUGCACUGUCUUCUUCUCACUUAAUGCUGUCAUUGUGCGUAAGCUACGCAGACGACGCAGCUGUUUCCGUCUGCGUGGUUAUUCUACUGGCAAGACCACCGCCAUUCUCCUGGCAAUCACCUCCAUCUUUGCUGUGUUGUGGGCACCUCGCACACUUAUGAUCCUCUACCACUUCUACUCCCCUCCUCCAGCCUCACAAGGCGCCGGUCGACUGCUCCACAUGCUAACGGAUUUGGCGAACAUGCUAGCAUUGCUCAACACUGGUGUCAAUUUUUUCCUGUAUUGCUUCAUCAGCAAGCGUUUCCGAGGCAUGGCGGCCAAUGUUCUGCGGGCCCUGGUCCACUGCCGGAAGCAGCCGCCACCAUUCUAUGCCAGCCACAAUUUCUCCAUCACAAGUAGUCCCUGGAUCUCACCGGCCAACUCCCAUUGCAUCAAGAUGUUGGUGUACCAGUAUGACAAAAAUGGAAAACCCAUCUGCAUUUCCUCUUGAGUCUUCAGCCACCAGCAGCUCACCCCACCUUCAACAGUGGGGGAAAUUGUUGAGGUUUUGCCUUCAUGGCAACCAGCUUAACUCACAUGGGAUUCUUUGAGGCUUGAAAAUGUCAUCAUGCCCAGAGAGC